UUGGACGGUUGUAGUGUCAAUGACGUCCGUUGCCACAUGAUCGGCAUUAAGAAGAUACUGCUUGUAGGGAAAAGUAAACUCACAAUUAUGUGUGAAUUGUAAUCUAACUGAAAAUGCAGAAUACAUAUUAAUGCACUUUUAUGCACUAUGGAACAAAUGGAGAUAAGGUGUGGGAAACUCAGAAAGGGGUAAUAAUAUAUUUAUUUCUUAAUUAGAUCGUGUUUUGACUACCCCGGGACGGUAGUUGGCAGUGUGCACAUAAAUGUUGGUAUUGCAAUCCGCCAAAAAAACACAAAGAAGCAGCAGCUACCCUCCCACUACAACUAGCGCUUUACACAUUAACAAGCGUGGACUCAAAAUUAAUAUUUCUGGCUUUCGGACAGAAAUUAAAAAAAAAAAAAAAAAAUGAAUACCAGUGAGAGGCAACUAGCUAACUGACAAAUGCGGUAGCAGAGCAAAACGAUGGCACAGCCGCCUUCACAGCUGCCGUCAGAGGUCUGGAACCACGUUUUUGGAUACCUGUCAGCGGCAGAUAAGUUAAACGUCCGGGCAUCCUGCAAGUACUUCAAAAAGCUUGUUGACCACGGGUCUCUUUGGAAAGACUGGGCUGUAGUUCUGAGUUUUCAAAAUGGCCCUUACAACAGUCAGUUCUGGGCCACGCUUCGUCGUAGAAGAGUCACCAGUGUGGUGGUUAGGAGCUCCAAAGCUAAGGACUGGAAGCAGCUUGCCCAUUCGCUCCCAGCUGUCGCCACGGUAGUAAUGGACCAAAGCUCCCAGAAGAGCCUCGACUGCUUAAAGGACUUUCCACAUUUGAAGCGUCUGGCUAUAAGAAGCAGCUGCAGUUCUCUUUCGCUAGAUGCUUCCACCGUGUCCAAACCCCAGCAGCUGACUCACUUCAGCAUGUGUGAUGUUACAUUUCCCACAGCAGCGAUGGGCAGCGUCAUUUCUGCUGUCUCCCACUUCACAAAUCUUAUAUCUCUGGUCUGUCAUCAAAUGGGAGUCUUUGAAGAGACGAUUUUAAUGGUUCACUCCAUACUUAACUGCCUGCCUAAGUUGAAGCAUCUGUCAUUGUCUGUUGUGCAUAGACUGUGCACCUUUCACAGUAUCCCCAGACCCAACCCAGGUCCCUCAGGAGGAGCACAUGGACAAGCUGGUGCCCCGGCCUUGUCCAGUUUGGAACUUAUCGACUGCAUGGAUCACUCAUUACCAGAAGAUGCAAUGAGACUGAUGCCUGGCCUGAAGAGUCUUGCUGUAUUCUACAGGCACUCACACCAGGAGAUGCUAGAUAGAAGGCCAUCACCUGUGUGUCAUCUGAAAACAUGGCUGAGUGACCUCCCUCAACUGUCAACCCUGGAUUAUCCUCUGGGGACAUGGGAGCCGUAGCAGUGCAGGUACCAAAUCUCCUCCACCUUCACAUAGACCCCUGGCCCUCAAAUUUGGGAGCUCGCACAGCUCAAAUCCCACAACUUUUUCCAAAGCUGAAACGUCUCAAACUUCGCCAUGAACAUGUACCAGAGAAAAAUUUCUUACGCCUUCACCAGCUGCAGGACCUGGAAUACUUGGAGAUUCUGGAUAGUCGGCCACAUCUCUCUGAACUUACUGCCAAGCUCCAAGCUCUCACAAACUACAGAGUUGAGGUCACAACCUCUCCUCGCAAGAGAGACGUGUUGUCCUGUCCCUGUGUGUGUCAGGUGUACUGAGGAUCUGUCUUUGUGGUAGGUCAGUUGGACUGUUUACAGAUCGCAGUUUGACCUGUGAAGAACCUGUCAGGAUCAAAUUAAUGUCUGGGGUUUUGAUUUCAAGAGACUUCAAAGUGCUAAAGUCGUGACUGCUUUGGACAUCUAUAGUAUCUGGUCAUAUUCUACAUUGUUAACCUAAAUCUGCAGUUUCCCAAUCUGGGGUUCAAAUCCUGACAAGGGUCACAAAAUAAAUAAUUAAGAUAAUAAAUCAGUUUAGUUCCUUUC